GGUAUCACUCCUCCAAUCAGUCUUGCAUCUCCUACAGAUCUAGAGAAACAGGUAGAUGCAGGAUUAAUACAAGAGCUCAAGGAUCAGAAUACGAUAGAAUCUGAGCAGGAGAGUCUCAAUAGAGAGAAAGUACUGGCAUUGGUACAGUCUUUAGUAAAAGAGUUCGUAAAGAGGGUUUCUAUAAGGAAUGGGAUGUCAGAGUCCUUAGCUGAUCAAGCUGGUGGUAAAAUAUUCACUUUUGGUAGUUAUAGAUUAGGCGUCAAUCAACCAGGCGCAGAUAUAGACACUCUUUGCGUUGUACCAAAACACGUCUCUAGAGAGGAUUUCUUUGAUGUAUUUGAACCACUUCUAAAGACUCGUGAAGAAGUUAGCGUAUGUGCAGGCGUACCAGACGCUUAUGUACCAAUCAUAAAAACUACAAUUUCUGGUAUUGAAAUCGAUUUCUUGGUUGCUAGAUUAGCUUUAGCUACUAUCCCGGAUGAUUUAGAAUUAGCUGACGACAACUUACUCAAAAAUCUCGAUGAGCGUUGUGUAAGAUCUUUAAACGAUAAUUUAACAAUUAUAAUAGGAUCCAGAGUCACAGAUGAGAUAUUAAGAGUCGUUCCAAAUGUUCAAGUCUUCAGAGAAAGUCUGAGAUGUAUCAAAUUGUGGGCACAACGUCGUGCAAUUUACUCCAACGUUAAUGGUUUCCUGGGUGGUGUCGCUUGGGCUAUGUUGGUAGCGCGAAUUUGUCAACUAUACCCAAAUGAAAAUGCUGGCGCAGUUAUAGCCAAAUUCUUUACUAUUCUUUACCAGUGGAAGUGGCCUCAUCCAGUACUAUUGAAGGAAAUCGAAGAUGGGCCAUUGAAAGUUCGUGUCUGGAAUCCAAAAAUCUAUCCAUCAGACAGAGCUCAUAGGAUGCCUAUCAUCACACCAGCCUACCCGUCCAUGUGCUCGACCCACAACGUCGGUCCAUCAACUCAAGAAGUAAUGAGACAAGAAUUCAAGAGAGGUAUGGAUAUUCUGGAUGGAAUCCACAAGGGAACGACGACAUGGUCACAACUCUUCAACAAGCACGAGUUCUUCUCGAAAUACAAGCAUUACUUGCAGAUCAUCGCGUCUGGUCAAACAGCCGAGAGCCAAAAGAAAUGGUCCGGAGCUGUAGAAUCUAAAGUUAGACAAUUAGUUAGCAAACUUGAAUUAGUCGAUGGUAUAGAACUCGCCCAUCCAUUCGUAAAGGGGUUCAGUGAGGUUUUCAUCUGUCUUAAUGACGAGGAAGUCCAACAUGCAGCCGAAUAUAACCCAUCUGAAGAGGUUAAAGAGCGCAGCAAAAAACCAGAAGAGUAUGAAAACAAGGAAGCCGAAGACGGCAUACACAGGGUAUAUAUUAGUACUUUCUACAUCGGUUUGGCUAUACAGCCUCGUAAUCCCGAGACUAACGAGAAACGUACGCUUAAUCUUACCUACCCAACCAAUGAAUUCAUGAAAUUGACGAAAUUGUGGGAUCAAUUCGUCGAAGGUGAAAUGAAGAUCUUUGUCAAGAAUAUCAAAGCUUCUGCUUUACCAGAUGUUGUAUUCGAAGGUGGAAUAAGGACGUCAAGCAGCAAAUCAAGUAAGAAGAAGUCAAAGGUGUGUGAUAUCGUCAACCUAAACACUAAUGUACUAACUUAUUUCCCAAGCGACCAUCGAAUGUGA